AUUUGUCUCUGCUUUCUCCUUCUCUUCGUCUUCUUCCCCAGCGCUCGUGUUUAUGACAGCUUUUAACGCUUGAGUCUUCCGCCCUUUCUCUUCUUCAGCGUUCACACAACUCCGAUUAUCAAUUUCCUCUGCCCGCUAGUGACUUCUUCUUCUUCCCUAUUGAGGAGAAUCAGAAUGAUUCGGCUUAGGGCUUACGCGGGGAUAAGCACCCUCGCAACACUCUCCGUGAUCUACCACGCCUUUAGCAGCCGCGGUCAGUUCUACCCAGCCACCGUCUACCUAUCCACCUCCAAGAUCAGUCUAGUCAUCCUCCUCAACAUGUGCCUCGUCCUAAUGCUCGCCCUAUGGAACCUCGUCAAACUCGUGUUCCUCGGCUCCCUCAGGGAAGCCGAGGUGGAGCGUCUUAACGAGCAGGCCUGGAGAGAACUCAUGGAGAUUCUCUUCGCCGUCACUAUUUUCCGACAGGACUUCUCCGUCGGGUUUCUCUCCUUGGUCGUCACUCUCUUGCUCAUCAAGGCUUUGCAUUGGAUGGCUCAGAAGAGAGUCGAGUACAUCGAGACGACUCCUUCCGUGACUUUGUUCUCGCAUGUUCGCAUUGUUUCUUUCUUGGUGUUUCUCCUGAUCUUAGAUGGUUUCUUUACGUAUAGUUCGGUACGGGAGUAUAUUCAGACACCCAAGGCUUCCAUGUCUGUCUUCUUCACGUUUGAGUAUAUGAUUCUGGCGACUACAACUCUGUCUAUUAUUGUGAAGUAUGGCUUCUAUGUCACUGAUCUGGUAAUGGAAGGUCAAUGGGAAGCGAAGCCAGUAUAUACUUUCUACUUGGAGCUUGUUCGUGACUUGCUUCACUUGUCCAUGUACCUCUGCUUCUUCCUUAUGAUCUUCAUGAACUAUGGCCUUCCUUUGCAUCUAAUAAGGGAGCUCUACGAAACGUUCAGAAACUUCAAGAUCCGUGUGACUGAUUACCUCCGGUAUCGUAAAAUCGCUUCCAAUAUGAACGAUCGGUUUCCUGAUGCAACUCCUGAUGAACUCAGUUCAAAUGAUGCCACCUGUAUUAUAUGCCGUGAAGAAAUGACCUCAGCGAAGAAGUUAGUAUGUGGCCAUCUGUUUCAUGUACAUUGUCUUCGGUCAUGGUUGGAACGACAGAACACGUGUCCCACCUGCAGAGCCCUAGUUGUACCAGCUGAGAAUGCUACAUCAACAGCUUCUGGAGCACACCAAGCAUCCUUGCAACACCAGGGAACGGGUACUUCAAGCUCAGAUGGCCAGAGUUCUUCUGUUGCUGCAAGUGGUAAUUUGAGCAGGCAUGAGGCUAGGGUUCGAGCUGCUGCUUCUGCAGCGUCCAUAUAUGGGAGAUCCUUUGUUUAUCCAUCUUCUGAAAACACACUUGUCUGGUCUCAAGGCUAUUCGUUGCUUCCUCAGGCAGAGAAAGAAUCUCAGAAGAGAUGUCUCGAGUCCCAGAUUGAGGUGUUACAAAACCAACUACGUCUUCUAAAGGAGCCUGCAGCUACCGUAGAUAUUAAAGGAAAGUCGGUUGUGGAAACUGCUGAGUGAACUUCAGAAUGUGGGAAUUUGUUUUGGUAGAAAGGAUUUUGAAAUGUACAUGUUGUUUGGUUGUCUUUUAGAGCACGGAACAUAUACAAACAAGGCUCUACAACAGUUAUCUAUAUCAGCUUUUCUUCCAAGUUUUUCCUUUUCGGUGUCGUAUUCGAUCUCCAGAACCGUUGUUACGUUUCAACUGCGCAAGUUUCUACUUGAUUCACCAUGAUUACAUUUUUUUUCUUGUUCAUAAUGAAUUACAGUAUUUUCAAA